AAAAAAAAAAAACCUAUUAUAAUGCAAAAUAAAAUAAUACAACAAAAUAAACGAUUUCAUUCAAAAGCUUUUAUUAUGCUUUUGCGAAAAUUACACAAGUCUAUCUCUUUUAAGGUUUAAUGUAAUACCACAUCGCGAGCCUGAUUUUGUCUGUUCAUGCAUCCGUGCAUGCAUGCAUGCAUGGCAAAACCUCACAUUUCUUUUUUUGACUUUUUUUUUAUUUUUUGACCUGCUGCUAGCACUAGAGUGCCGUGCUCAGCAGGGUUCGCGCCCGGCUCAGCAAUUACCUUUUCAGGGAUGGUUCAUUGCCGCGGGCUCCCUCCCGACCUAAUUAACUUACGAAUUUGAGCCUUUUAUUUCAAUCUGUUUUAAGUUUGGUCUAUGAUUUUGCCUUUUUCAUUAUUCUACAUACUCCUGAUACAUUCUAUUACCUUUUAUUUUACUUUAUUUUCUUCCUUAUUUCUUUCAUGCUCAC